AUGGAUUAAACUGAAAGGUAAAACAUAAAAUAUUUUAUUUCAUAAAGCUUAAAUAUCAAAUAAUUAAUAUAUUUUACUCAGCUUGAAAAAUCUCUUUAUAAAAUUCUAUAAAAAUAAAUAGAAAGAUAAAUUAAUUUGCAAGAAAUGACUGAGCUUGGUUAAAAAAUAAAAUAACCUUUAGACUAGAUACAAAAGGCAGUCAAAUAUAUAGAAAAACAAGGAAUAAUAAUUGAAAAUGGGCUCCUCGGAGCUGGAGGAAGCGGGUUUGUUUUAAAGGCAUGCAGCGAGUGGAAUGAACAUCUCGCAGUAAAAUUAAUGAAAUACUCUAAUCUUGAAUAAUUUGAAAGUAACAAGAGAGAAUAUGAUAUCUUAAAAAAAUUUAACUCAAAUAAUAUCACGAAAGUUUAUUAAUACUUCACAGAAUCUCAUGAGUCAAACGAAUAUUAAUUUAUUGUCAUGGAAAGAUGCGUGUAUGAUUUAAAGAAUUAUAUUGCCAAAAAAAUCUCUUCAAACAAGCUUCUCAGCCACUAAAUUUUGUAUACUCUAUGUCUACAGCUAUCCAAAGGAUUGCAGGAACUUCACUAAAAAAAUAUUAUCCAUCUUGAUAUAAAACCUGCCAACAUACUUCUAGGUUUAGAUUUAAAAUGGAAGUACGCAGAUUUAGGCGUCUCUAAGGUAGUAUCAGAGCAAAGAUAACACACUAAAAACUUAAUAGGAUUUACAGCCACUUAUUCUUCUCCUGAAUAGUAUUAGCUCAUGACCACUAGUGCUACUCAUAAAGUCACAAAAUCUAGUGAUGUUUAUAGUCUAGGAGUAGUUUUUCUGCAGCUAACAGGAGUCGAUGUCACAUAGAAAUGGAUUAUAAAAGAAAAGAUUUCAGCACAUAAUUAUGAUAGAUGUCUGAAUCCUUACUAUGAAGAGUUCAAUAACUGCAUUAUAAAAAAAAUGAUGUAACAUGAAGCAAAUGAUAGAUUAUAAAUUGAGGAAGUGAUUGAUAUUUUGAAAAGACUAUAAAAAAAUAAAAAUGAAGAGCCUGCCAAAAUUAAAAAUUCAGCAAAUUAAAUUUAACAAGAUUAACUAGAACAAAAAGAAAUAAUUAAAAAUAAUCGAGAAUAAAUAAUAUAACAAAUUAAAACAUAAAGAGAGUCAAAUAAAGAGUAAGAAGAUGGAUAGAGCGAUUAAGUCAAAGUUUUAAAAGUAUACAAAGGUUAAAAAAUGGUAAAAGUAAGACCUGUUUCUACUAUGAGUUUAAAUGAAAUAUUUAAUAUUGAUGAAAAAGUGAGAAUUCCAAUACAACCUUAGAUUCCUCAGUCUCAAAAAUAAAGAGUAUAUUCAUCCAAAAAAUAACUAUUUAUUAAUCAUAAUUAGAAUGAAAAUAUUGAAAGCAAACCCUAUUAAAGUGAUAGGAUUAGAAAUUUUUCUUCGCAACCUUAAUUAUAAAAAAAUUAAUAUGAUAAUAGUAAUAUAGAACAUAGACUAGUAGUUAAACUUCCAUAAAUAACACCACCCCUUCGUUCGAUGGAUAGAUUACCUUAAUUAUCUACUAAAGAUACAAAAAAAAAAUUCAUAAUUUCUUCACUCAACGAUUUGGACUAAUUUUAAUCUAGCAAUAAUCUUGAUAAGAAGUCUUCAAAUAAUCUUCCUUCAAUUGAUGAAUUUAAAUCCCCAUAAUUAGCAUAAAAAAAUUAAAGAUAUGUUAAUAUAAUGUAAUACCUUUCAUCAGAUAAAUAAUAAUAAAACUAACUAUAAGAAUUAUAGUAAUACCAUUAAAAGUAAUAAUACAUAUUUGUAUCACCUGAUAAAAAGAGCUACACAAAAAAAUUAUUUGGUUCAGGAUAAUUUUCCUCUCACUUUUAAGAUUAAAGAUUAAAUAAAUUCGAAAAUCCUUUUAACUCUCCUUUUAAUCCUUUUUGA